AUGGCAGAUGAGUCUAAGGCCUCACUGGACUUUGAAAAUUCGCUGCGGUUGAAAGCGAGUUGGGCUGGAAAGCAAUCAAAGGCGAUGUAUUUUAGUUGUAAUGGAGGGUAUAAAUCUGUUAAAGAUUCGCUAUUACUUUACGGGGGAGCCGGAGAAGCGUCGACUGGUAGCGAAAGACCGUCGACUUCUUAUCUGAGUUCUCGCCGUAGACAUGUCGCUGGCGCUAGACAAGAUUAUUCCACCGUUGGCAACGAAAAUGAAGCACCGAACGAAGACUACUUAGCGGCCUCCAAUUUUGUCAAGGGCAGGCACCCUUGGUACCGCGUGGGAUUGCACGGUCAGUGGGCUUUUAGUCCCUCACAAAGUUCCAAGAGUCGACCACUGACGACAAAUUCUGAACAUAUCAAAGAUGUUCUCAAUAACGCAGCGAUUACGAUAGCGAAAAGUCAACGUACGCGGGAAAGUAUUGAAGCCCAACUUGACAAACUUGCUGUCGAUGACUCUUCAAGCUCUAUUCCAGGAGCGUACGACUGCCCGAAAAGCUCUUUGCCCAAAAGGAUCGAUAUUGAGGGCGUUCUCAAAGAAAAAGUGGCGGCAAAUGGGAACACCGAAAAUGAGCCUGUUCGAUUUGUUGUUUGCAGCGUUAUGAUACCAGUGAUUUGUAAAUCAUUCUUCUUUUUUUUUGCCCAAUGCGCCGCUGCCGAAUCGUCUGGAUAUUCUUUCGCUAGGACAUGUGAGACCAUCUUGUCUAAACCUCAGGCAAAUUUUACCCUCUGUGAUCUCGACUGUUUGAUAGUUCAUUUAGCAGGACUUUAUAUCAUCCUCAAAGUCGUUCCGGCUGUUACGAAGCGGCCUUGGGUCAUUUACAAACUCUGUCUGGAAUACAGCGAAUGCUGCGAUUUUGGUCAAGAUUUUUCCGCUUUCAGUGGUAAGCCAAGUUGGAAAAAACUGCUCAAAUUACGUCGCAAGCACCGUCUUCAAAGCACAACUCUUCUCUAUUUGAGCAGUAUAAACCUUUUCAUGGUGCCAAUUCUUACCUUGUGCGGAGUUUAUCUCGGUCACCUUCUGACUGUAAGUCUCACCGGGCCAAGCGAUACAAUUACACGAUCCAACUCUCCGUACGAAGCUCUCAGGCUCGUCAUUUGCUCACCUUCACAAUUCAUUAUACUCGGAUCUGUCUUGUUAUGUCAGUUUUUCUACGAUGCUUUUGAAGAACUAGUUGUGCUCGUCGUCAAGCAAAAUGAAGAAUUUGUGUCCGACGCCGAGACGCUUUUAAAAUCGAUGGAAAGAGAGACUACAGUCAUUGAAGCUAGCGAUUCUAAACGCUUUCAACAUGCAGUUUUGGGCUCUCUCGAUGGCGCUUCUGGCUGGAAAAAUUCGAGAAUUGUCGUAGAGGCGCCUGAAGGGUUGUCAGAUAAGCGGGCCCCGAUCACAAGUUUCCAAGAUGCAUCAAACGAAAGCGAAACUUGGACGUGCACAGAUGGCGUAAAAGGGCAAGUACUCGUUCCUGUUGCAAGUGCGGAGUCCGCAAUUAAAACUCGCAAGCGCAGAUCUUACACUGGAAAGUUGAUUGAGUUUGCUUAUACGAUUAUUCUUCUUCACUUAUUCACUGCUCGAUUGUUUUUCAACGUCGCCCUGUACUGCACGCUGUAUUGCGUGUCGAAGCUGGUGAAUGGGAGAAAGUCGUAG